AAUAUUAUUAAUAAGUGGCAAAUGAAGAAAUAAAUAUAAAGCUGAGGAGGUUAUAAUUAAGACCACUUAUUAAAACAUAUUAAAAAUAUGAGCUAGACCAUUUCAAUUACUUGCCGGUAUCAGUGUUUAAUGUUUAUUGUUUUUUCAGUUGUUGUCACUAAGCAACAGUGCUCUUUACCAUGUGGACGACGUUAGUGUUUGUGUUCGGAUUUGUCCAAAUUUAUGCCCUUUCUGACACGCCGUAUAAUUACACCACAAAAUAUAUAGAUGUUCCAAUAGAUCACUUCAAUUUUGUCAGCAACUCUACGUUCAAAUUAAAGUAUCUGGUCAACGAUACGUAUCAUGUAAAGAACGGGCCAAUAUUUUUUUACACCGGAAACGAAGGAAAAAUUGAAACGUUCGCACAGAACACCGGUUUCAUUAACGACAUCGCACCAUUAUUUAAUGCUCUUAUCGUCUUCGCGGAGCACAGGUAUUAUGGAGAGUCUUUACCAUUUGGCAACAAAUCCAACACUUCACCCGAGUAUAUGGGAUACUUGUCUUCGUCCCAAGCACUUGCCGAUUUCGUUUUCGUUAUUGACCACCUCCAAACCCAGUAUAAGUCACCGGAUGUUGAUAAACUUCCGGUUAUAGCUUUUGGUGGUUCUUACGGAGGUAUGUUGUCGGCUUGGCUUAGGAUGAAGUACCCUGCGAGUGUGACCGGAGCAAUAGCCGCAUCUGCCCCAAUUUGGCAGUUUGAGACGCCGUGCAAACUGUUUAACAAAAUUGUCACUUACGUAUACGACGUUAUGGGGACCCAAACGUGUUCGAACGUGAUUAAAACCUCUUGGGCAAUUCUCAGAGCUCAAGCCCAGUCUGAUGCAGGUAAAACGUGGUUGUCUCAGGAGUUCAAACUGUGCAAACCUUUGAAGACGGAUGCAGACACCAACGAUCUAGUGGAUUGGAUUGCUGAGAUUUACGUUAACUUAGCUAUGGUCAAUUAUCCUUACGAAACAAGCUUUCUUGCCCCCUUACCACCAACGCCUGUCAGAGAAGUUUGCAGGGCUAUUAAAAGUGUCAAUAUUACAUCUGAUAGGGACCAUCUGAAAGCUAUCAAUUUGGGGUUGAACAUUUAUACUAAUUACACGAAGAAAGCCAAAUGCAAUGACAUAUCAUCAACAAGUGCUGGCUUGGGGGAACGUGAAUGGGGAUUCCAGAGCUGUACAGAAAUGGUCAUGCCUAUGUGCUCCACCGAUGAAGACAUGUUCGAAAAUGAGCAGUGGGACUUCAAGAAGGUACAAAAAGAGUGUAUGACCAACUAUAAGAUACAACCGAAUGAUCCGUUGCUUGCUGUCAAAGAAUAUGGUGGUAAAGAUCUGCGUACUGCUUCUAAUAUAGUAUUCAGCAACGGUUUAAUGGAUCCUUGGUCUAGUGGUGGUGUGUUGAGCAAUCCGUCACCAAAAGUCUACUCCGUUGUUUUACCUGAUGGUGCCCAUCACUAUGACUUAAGGGCUGAAAAUGCCAAAGAUACAGCAACUGUAAGAGAUGUCAGGAAGUUCCAUAUUAGUAAGAUUCGUGAUUGGAUAAAUUCAUAUUAUAAACAAAACCUGACACCUCAAAUUAAAGUGUUUUAGAUCAAUAAAAUUAUAGUUUGAUUAGU